GGAGGCCGGACAGAGCCCUGAGCUAAGCAGACAUACAGAUAUGGCACUGACCACUCAAAUCCAGACUGCCUUUCUCUUCCUCCUCCUCCUCUCUAACUUUGUCUGUCCUUCUGUUCUCCCAAGAAAGACUCAGGACCUUGAGCAGAUCCCCCUCCAGGAGGCAGCUCCAGCUCAUAAUGACUUGAUGCCCCUGCUUCAGAGGACAAAGAGAUUCGACAGCCACUUUCCCAUCUGCUCAUACUGCUGUAAUUGCUGUCGCAACGCAAAAUGCGGCUUUUGUUGCCGUGUGUGACCCGAGCCCCUCGAUGGUGUCAUCUCCCUCUUCCCAAGUUCCCUUUCCCACUUCAUUUUCUAAUUUAUUCCCUCCCCCUCUGUCCCUUCCUGUUGUGACUGUCUCAAAAUAAAAUGGUAUGUUUUCCCCAAAAAA